AUGGCUGUACAUAGUGAUCCUCAUGCAGCAGAGGUUGCAUCUGAAGCUAUUCUAGAGAACGUGUGGGCGAGCUUUAUCGGUGUGGAUGGAGUGAAAGAAGAAGCAAAAAAGACAACAGAGUUGUCUAAACCCUGGAAAGAACUGCCUCCUCUUGAUGGGAGAGAAGGGUCAAUGGAAAUUCUAGAAAGGCUACCAAGUCUAGGUAGGUGGAUAUCAAUGGGAACUGAGGCCUGGCAAGAGCUUCUUGACAGUUGUGUUGUUCCUGGACACAAUAUGGAAGUGUCAAGCAAUGUCAAGUUAGAAGGCAAUGGGGCUACAAACUCAGAAUUUGAAGCAAAGGUUGAGAAGAGAAGGGAGAAAGUGGAAAUUAUGAAGCACUACCGCGGAGUUAGGAGGCGGCCAUGGGGUAAGUAUGCAGCAGAAAUUAGAGACUCAACAAGAAAAGGAGCUAGAGUUUGGCUUGGGACUUUUGAGACUGCAGAGGAGGCAGCUUUGGCUUAUGACAAGGCUGCUUUGAGAAUUAGAGGCUCAAAAGCCAAUCUCAACUUCCCUCUUGAAACAGUUGCGAAGGCUAUGGGAUUGGAUUGCUUCAACAUCUGCUCAUCCACAAAUGUUUCGAAUUCGCGGAAGAGAGCAUUGAGGGAGUGGGAAGAAAGUGUUGAGGCAAUGACUGAUGGAAAACCCGCAUUGAAAAGGAAGGCAAGCAUGAAAAACAUGUUGGGGGAUGAAUUUGAUGUGUUUGAGUUCCAAGACCUGGGAAGUGAAUAUUUGGACAGUUUGCUGUCUUCUUUUUGA